AGACUCGUUCAAAAAGAACGAGUCACUCGCGUACAGCACAUCACUAGUAUAACCGUGUGCGCGUUGAAAUCUACGUCCACCAUAUGACUUUUAACAUUGCCCAACAACGGGCGAAAUAGCGCGAAAAGGGUGUGUCCCCUGCUAGAGUUUGCGGACAAGCAAUAUUCACCAUCGUAGAACGGAUGAAGCCUGACCUGGAAUGUGACGCUAACUGAAGCCGGAUAGCUUCAUAAAAGCCUGAGUACAUCUAGCUCGUUUCGCAGUAUACCACUCUGGUGUCGCUUUUUAAAAUAUUUUUUUAGGAUAAAGUAUUUUCAACCGACUUUACGUUUCCCCUGAAAAACGGAUGAGGGAACUGAAACAUGUUGAUGGUUUGUGGAGGAAGGUUUCAGCCAGAUGUGCAAAGAGAAAUACUGAGAAAGAAACCCCACAUUCCUGGAAUGAACGUCUUGACAUCAGCAUCUCUGCCAUUUAGACUAUUUAAUUCUGCCAGAAGUCUGUUAGACCAGUCGGAAGAGUGGGACAGUGAGAGAGAGAGUUAUUUGAAUAAAUUGUCGUCAUCAUAAGUAUCUCCCCCUGCUCACCUCUCCUACUACAGCCUAACCCAGGGUUGUCCCCCCUGACCUCGCCCCCUGGCUCUGAGGAGUCGUCCUGCCACGUCUCCAUGUCGUUGCCCUCAGCCUCCCAGUCCCAGUCGCGGCUGAAGUACGUGUCCCUGGGAGUGCUGGUGCUGCAGACCACCUCGUUGGUGCUCACCAUGAGGUACUCGCGCACGCUGCUGGGCGAGGGGCCGCGCUACCUAGCCUCCUCAGCCGUGGUUUCGGCCGAGCUGCUCAAGAUCCUCACCUGCCUGCUGCUCGUCUUCUACGACCACAGCUUCAGUGUUCGGGCAUUGAAUCGUGUGCUGAAUGAAGAGAUUCUCAACAAGCCCAUGGAGACGUUGAAGCUGGCCAUCCCAUCAGGCAUCUACACACUACAGAACAACCUGCUUUAUGUCGCCCUGUCCAACCUGGAUGCUGCUACCUACCAGGUGACGUACCAGCUGAAAAUCCUGACCACGGCCCUGUUCUCAGUGUCCAUGCUCGGGAAGAGACUGGGGCUCUACCAGUGGCUAUCUCUGCUCAUCCUCAUGACUGGUAUCGCUCUCGUACAGUGGCCUACAGAGUCUCUGGGUGGGCCAUCUUCGAAGCCUCUGUCUGCAGGCUCCCAGUUAGUCGGUGUGAUAGCCGUACUAAUAGCCUGCUUCUCCAGUGGCUUCGCUGGAGUCUACUUUGAGAAGAUCCUCAAAGAAACUAAACAGAGUGUAUGGGUCCGCAACAUCCAGUUAGGUUUGUUUGGUCUGGUAUUUGGUCUUAUUGGAGUGUUUGUGUACGACGGAGAGAGAGUGAGGGAGUCCGGAGUGUUCCAAGGCUACAACUCACUCACCUGGACCGUUGUAGCCCUGCAGGCUCUGGGCGGGUUGGUCAUAGCAGCAGUCAUUAAGUAUGCAGACAACAUCCUGAAGGGCUUCGCCACGUCACUCUCCAUCAUCCUGUCGACACUCAUAUCCUACUUCUGCUUGAAGGACUUUGACCCUACCAGUGUGUUUUUCCUGGGAGCAAUGCUGGUCAUUGCUGCCACCUUCCUCUAUGGCUAUGAGGGCAAGAGGCCUGCCAUCAACCACAGCAAAGUAUAGAGGGUCUCCCCUCCACCACCCCACAGCCCAGGAACCCCAAAGAAGAGACACACGGAGCAAGAUGGAGGGAGGAAUAUGUUGCCAAGAAGUGGUGCUGAGCAAUUAACCAAAAUGUCGGGUUAUUUUUCAGUUUUAAAACAACUAAUUGACCGACCUUAGUUCAAUUAUUUGAAUUUCAUUUCAUUCCAUUUUAUUUUUUAUUUCUUUGCUCAAUACACACAAUGCGCUGCAGUUUCUAUAGAGAUAAAUAAGACCGUGGCAGAACUGUGCGAUGUAGUAAGGAAUUGUAGUUUCCAACAGGCCAAUGUUCUUCAUAGUUUAGUGCAGAAAACGUGAUAAUUAACUACAAAGACCAUAAUUCAUUGCGCGGCUAGUUUUCUGGUCUGUUUCUUUUUACGCCAGCAACGUAAGAGACAGAGGGAUGAGUGAUCAAGAGUGCAUACAUCCGAGAGUAGUUGCUUCGUGAGGUAUUGGUAUUUUAGUGGUCAUAAAAGCAUGCCUUAUUUACUUUGAAGAUCUACAAAAUAGAGAUUUGUCAGAGAGCGUAGGCAGCAGCUCUAUAGAGAUGAGAUGAUGACUUAGAAUGAAAUAAUAAAGUCAUCAAAUAAAACAAAUGCAAUAUACACAACUAAAAUAUUUUAUUAAAGUCAUGUGAAUAACUGAUAGUUAAUAAGCAAUAAUGUGCAGUCACUACCAUCAUAGGACUUUUUUAUUUUAUUUUUUAUUUUUUAAUAUUCUGUGUUCCAGCAUUCAACCCAGAUAACAUACCUGCUAAAUAUCUGUAUGCAACCAAUAACAUUUGAUUCGAUGUAAUGCAUAGUGCAUUUAAUGUCUUUUUUUUUUUUUUUUUUUGAAUUUUUCUUUGAAAAUCUGAAACCAAAACGACCUCGAAAAGCAAUAAUCACUCAGAGCUUACUGAGCAGGUCCGCGUAGUCAAGGAGGAGCAGAACUCCAGGGAAAGGAGUCUAGGCGGAAGGAGUCGUAAGAUGUUUCAUGUACACAACAACAGGUGGGAGUCGCCUGGUUUCAAAACAAGGUUUUGGUUGUCCAAUACUGGUACUAGUAGUCAAGAUGGAGGUCAUAGCAUUUCUAAAGCUCUUUAUUGAAAUUCGAAGCGCUUUACGUUGCAUGGGGUUAGUAAUGCAACCACACUCUCCCAUAGUGACGCCAUCAAGUUCUUGAUCGAACAGGCUCAUGAAUGUGACUCCUCCACAGUUCACACUUGUAUUCACGUCACACACACACACACACACACACACACACACACACACACACACACACACACACACACGUCAUGGAGCUGAAGACACUAUGAUGCCUAUGCAGGGCAUAUGAAGGGUUAUGCUCACAUGUGACCUCUCACCUCAGGGGUGAUAGAGCCAAACUCACCAAAGCACGGAAUCAUAGGAAAAUGGAUUUUACAGGGAACAACGAGAAUUCAUCGACGAAUCCAAGAAUUCACUGCCAACGUUACUGUUUUUUUAAUGCUCUAUUUAAAAAAUAUAUUUGAUCAUGUAUUUGGGGAGUAGUGGAAUGGGAAUUUGUAGUAUGAAUGUAUUUUAGGGGUACUGAUGGUCAGUAAGGGGGAGGACAUUUAAAUGAAUGUAAUGCCUCACAGGUUUACCGCCCCUCAUUUGUUUUUGAGUGACAGCUCCACCUAGUGGGAACGUUGGGUUGUAGCACAUUUACUGCAGAGGGGAGGGGUUGAGACCAAUGACUGUAGAGAUACUGGAUGUCCUUUUAUUGGGGACAAGGAAGAAAAAGAUUAAAGGAAGGAAUGCUUUAAACUUGCUGCUCAUUGUCCGGCCAUUCAGAUCCAAAGAAUUACACAUCCAGUUGCUGAUGUUUUUAUUCAAAAAUGGCCUGUUGUGCAAGAUAAAAUGAAUAAAUUAAGUGAUCAAAUGUAAAAUAAGGGUUUAAACCGAUGUUUUGUAUAUUGAAAGAGCUUGUAUUGUGGACGUUGUUUCAUCUAGGUAUGAAAUCCCAAAGCAGGAUUGUUUGAUGAGUAAAGAGGUAAUAAAUUGUUUGAUGUUUCUCAACAA